AUUCCUUCGUUUACCGCCGCAUCUGAUCCUACGCAUGCUCCCUCCGCCACACAGCAAUGCCUCUUAAUCAGACAGAGUCGAGGCAGACCGUCUACAGACAUUGUCGCAUCGUCUUCUGACCUUGGUCCUUAACUUCCAACCGUCCAGUCCAUCCUGCCCCUCGCAUCUCAAUCCUCACUCCCUCACUCCCUUCAAACCAUCUUCACCCGUCGCCCAAUUCACCAUGCCCAGUCUGCGGGAGUUACUCAAGAAAAAGGACAAGAUUGACCAAGAUGACACUCCCGCUAAACAGAACAUUCGCGCUACUGAAUUCACCUUUAUGCGCUCAGACACCCACACCGAGGAGUAUAUAAAACCCCCCGGCUUCGACGACGACUCACCCUCGUUCGCCGACCCCCCAAGGACACCUUCGACCUCGAGGCUUUCUUUUAGUCGCUUCAAUCGAAGCCCUAGUCCUGCAGUUUCGGCUUCGUCAUCUCCGGAAGCCGAUAGAAAGAAAGACCAGAGAAGAUUGUCCCAUCGUCUUCAUCUGAACCGCGACCGUUCUGCCAGUAGCUCCUCGGUCAACCUGCCGGACAACCUCCCUUCCAUUGAUGACGCAUACACCGCCUCCGGUGACCGUCAAGACAAAGAGGCAAAGUGGGAACAUCGAGCCACAGUCUUGGCCAGCAAAAGCCCCGUCAUCCGUUCUCAAUCACCCUCCCCUCAAGUCACAAAUCUGGGAACCGCUGAUCCGGCGUCUCCUCGCCCCCGGAGCGUCAAUGAUCCCUCCAGCGACAUUGACAUCCAGGAGGCCAUUCGUCUUCACGAAUCUGGCGAUCUAGCUCAAGCCACCCAGAUGUUUCGCCAACUCGCCCAGUCCGGAAACGUUCUUUCUCAAGUCCUGUACGGUUUGUCCCUUCGCCAUGGCUGGGGAUGUGACCCCGAUCUGAAGGAGGCUGUCGUCUACCUUUCUGCUGCCGCUUCCAACUCUGCAACCAUCGAAGCAGACGCUCUCAAGGCAGGCAUGAAAAAGGGUGGAGCUGCGAAAGGCGAAUUGGUCUUGGCCAUCUUUGAGCUUGCAAAUUGCUUCCGCUAUGGCUGGGGAAUUGCUGUAGACAAACCCGCCGCCCGCCAGUACUACGAGACCGCCGCAAAUCUCGGAGACACAGAUGCUAUGAAUGAGGCAGCCUGGUGCUACCUGGAAGGAUUUGGGGGAAAGAAGGACAAGUUCAAGGCAGCUCAGCUCUUGCGCCUGGCCGAGACAAGUGGCGCAAAGACCUUGGGAAAUACUUGGAUCUGGAAAGAGAAAUACGAUCCUCCAAAAUGACCGAGCCUCAAGCCAAAACUCAAGUUCACCGCGAGGAACGAUGAAGCGAUAUUUGGCUUGUUCAGUCUAGGCACACAGAGGCCCACCUCGCGACGAGAAAUCGGUCGAACGAUCUGAGCUCUGGCUUGCUAAAAACACCCACAGUGUCCACUCGCUUCUCGAUACUGCUCCCACGACGGCGUCGUGUUCAAUACCGGCCCCUUCCUCGCUCGAACCGUCGUGGGAACAAUCGGAUCCUUUUUCUUAUCACUGGCAUACGAUUCAGGUGAUCCCCUGGGGCCCUUUGGGCCCCCCAUCAUGAUGUACCGGCCUAGAUGUGAGGCUUCGCGAUCGGGGCGGCGCGAUGGCAUCGAAUCCGCAUUCGCCUCAUGACAUGAACCACAACGGGCCGAUGUUUCCAUUUCCGGGCAGAGCGCCGACCAACUCAGCAUUUAGGAGACCCGAAACGCACCCAUGGCCUCGCUUACUCUCUGCUGAACUGUAAAUGGAAACCACAAGUAGCUAACUCUAUACCGCCAUGCACCAACUCUCGUUGAAUUCUACGCCACUGGUGCCUGACUGCGGCCCGUCCGCAGGCCAGUCAAGGAGACGGUCACCCGAUGGCCAGACCGCUGGGCCGCCAGGUACGACGAGGACGAGGGCGAGGUCGGAUUCGCGACCUGCUUUGUGCCCUUGGAAUACGCGACCCAUUUCACGUCCCCAAACAGCCUCUGUACAUUAUAGCACACCACACAUCUACGACCUCGGCAUUUUUGUUAUUGGCAUUGUCGUUAUGCUGCAAUCAUGGACAGGGCGGUUCCAAUUCACGCACGAGUCACCUGUGUGAAAAGUCUCACUGUGAGGGAUAGACCCAUCAGUUUCAUCCCAUUAAUUCGGCGUCAUGCUUCCAUGCUUCAUUUCUUGGCUAAAUAGAUGUGUCCUCGUAAGCUCAUGACCACGCU